CGGCUCUCCAGUUCCUCGCUCCACAACAGAACAACCCAGCGGAGAUAUGAUCCAUCCGCCUCCGCCAUCUACGCCACCGCGAUUCUGAUCCCUCCUCCUUCGAUUUCUCUCCCUCUCCUUCCGAUUACUCACCCGCCGGGGAUAUUCUCCCUUCUAUUCCCUCCAUCGCAAAACCCUAAGAUUCCAGAGGAAGAGGUGACCGAGACCGGCCCCGGCGCCGCUCACUUCCAGAUGGCGACCACCACCACUACCAGCCUCGGCGGCGGCGGGGGCGACGAUCGGGUCAUGGCCACGGCGCAGCAGAUCGUCAAGAGCCUCAACACGCCGGCCAACGUCAGGGAAGACAUGCUCCUCAUCUUCUCCAGCUUCGACAACCGCCUCUCCAACAUCACCGAUUUGGUCAACGACGACGACCGCAAGGCCCGCUCCAAGCUCGACGCCGCCGAGCAAGUCAUUAUGCGCUGGGAUUCGUCUCAAACCGCUCUUCCCUCCUGGUGCGACUGCCCCGAGGACGCCGUCGACUACUUGACUGCCGUCGACGAGGUCCUCGACCUGCUCGACGACCUCUCCUUUAAGGAUGCCAGCAUCGAGGCCGUGGACCGGGCCGAGACCGCCGUCCAGGUUGCUAUGACGAGGCUGGAGGAAGAGUUUCGCCACAUCCUCACCAGGAACACUGUCCCGCUCGAUGCCGAGAGGCUGUACGGAUCCAUUCGUAGGGUCUCUGUCUCGUUUGUGGGGAACGAGGGGGAGAUCGUCGACGACGAAUUCGAGAGUUUCGGUGAGGUAGAUAGUGCUCGUGGGAGCGGCUAUUUCCACGAGCGCGGGGCUAGUUUGGGCGAUGAUAUUUGUGUGGAUUUGAUCAACCCUGAUGCCGUUGGGGAGCUGAGGGAGAUCGCUGAUCGAAUGAUCCGUUCUGGGUACGAGAAAGAGUGUGUUCAGGUUUACUGUAGUGUCAGGAGGGAGGCUCUGGACGAGUGUUUGGCUAUCUUGGGAGCUGAGAAGCUUAGCAUAGAAGAGGUUCAGAGGAUUGAAUGGAAAAUUUUGGAUGAGAAGAUGAAGAAAUGGGUGCAGGCUGUUAAGAUUGGAGUUAGGGUUCUUCUCUCUGGGGAGAAGAGGCUGUGUGAUCAGAUAUUUGGAACCUCCGAUUCAGCUAGGGAGAUUUGUUUCAAUGAGAACGCUAAAGGGUGUAUAAUGCAGCUGCUAAAUUUUGGGGAGGCGGUGGCCAUUGGUAGGAGAUCAUCAGAGAAACUCUUUAGGAUCUUGGAUAUGUAUGAUGUACUGAGAGUUGUUAUUCCAGACUUGGAGAUGAUGGUAACAGAUGAUUUCCUCUGUGGUGAGGCAAAGGGAGUUCUCUCUGGACUUGGAGAAGCUGCUAAAGGAACUUUCUCAGAGUUUGAGAGCGCCGUGCAGAACGAGAGUUCCAGGAGGCCUAUGGUUAGCGGGGAGAUUCAUCCCCUUACACGGUAUGUGAUGAACUAUGUGAAAUUAGUAGUGGACUAUAGCCAGACAUUGAAUUCCCUCUUGACGGUGAGUGAUGAGGAUGAAUCUAGUGGUGGCUCGGGUUCACAUACUGAUGACGGUGAGGAGAAUGCAACUCCUAUAUCAAGGAGGGUUUUGGCUCUAUUGGCAAACCUAGAGUCAAAUCUCGAGGAGAAGUCUAAGUUAUACGAGGAUGGUGCUAUGCACUACAUAUUCCUGAUGAAUAACAUUCUGUACAUGGUGCAGAAAGUAAAAGACUCGGAACUCAUUAAGGUGGUGGGAGAUCAGUGGGUUCGAAAACGCCGGGGAAAGAUACGUCAAUAUGCGACCUCUUAUCUUAGGGCUGCUUGGAGUAGGGCUUUGUCAUGUUUGAAGGAUGAAGGGAUUGGUGGAAGCUCGGGUAGUGCAUCGAGAGUGAUUUUGAAAGAAAGGUUUAAGAGUUUCAAUGCAUGCUUUGAAGAUAUAUACAGGGUUCAGACAGGAUGGAAGGUCCCAGAUCCUCAGCUUCGCGAAGAGCUAAGAAUCUCUAUAUCUGAAAAAGUGAUACCUGCUUACCGGGCGUUUAUGGGACGGUUUGGAAGCCAUCUAGAGAGCGGGAAGCAUUCAGGGAAGUACAUAAAGUUCACACCAGACGAUCUGGAGAAUUAUGUGCCUGAUCUAUUUGAAGGGACACCUCUUGUUAUUCACCACUUGAGAAGAAAGAGUUACUGGUUCUUAGUCAUGAAGCUCAGUGGUUUGAGUGCGUAUGUGAAUCCAAGUUUACAGAUUCGUCUCAAUAUGCUGCCUAUGUGUUGCUUCUGUCCGCCCCAAUCCAAUCCCACCAUCAAGAUGCGAUUCUACAUCAUUCUCAACAACAACAACAACAACAACAACAACAACAACAACAACAACAACAGCAGCAGCAGCAGCAGCAGCAGCAACAACAACAAAAGAUGUGACGCAGGAGAUUGA